AUAAUAUACGAAUGUUGACUUAGUGCCGUACGUCCUGCUGCGCKCCACACGACAGGUCAAGACACAAGACGAAUGAAUUGGUUAUCAAGGAAUACGAAACGUACAUURAUUUGAAUGUUCUUACUCGUUUAUGGCGAACUUCCUGGAUUGAGUUCCUGGAAUACUGAUUGUCGCAAGGGGAAGUCUGACAGUAUAUUAUAUCCAAUGCAGGUGUUAGGGGUCCGAAUCAAGAGAGAAUCAAGUCAAAACUAGCCCUCUAAAGYUUAAUGCACCAACUUUUAAAGGUAUUACACAUGUUGUAAUMAUGAAUAACACGACAGACAACGCGACCACAGAUGGAUUUGAAGAUGACUAUGCGACAUGCCCUCCAUUGGUUGURGGUACACUAACAGAGCGAUGGGUGAAGACAAGUGCUUGUAUAGUUGUUCUCAUCGUGUCUGUACUCGCCAAUACGUUCAUUAUAUUUAUAGUUAACCACAAACAACGAAUCAAGACUGUAACAAACUGCUUGGUGGCCAAUAUGGCCUGCUCGGAUCUUCUGAUUGGAUUGAUUAAUAUGCCAAACAUGAUUAAYGAAGAAGUAACAAACUCCCUUGCUUUGCCGUUUGGAGGGUUUGGUGGCAGCUUCAUCUGUAAGCUUCUUGUCAUCAGUCAGGARGUUUCUGCAUUUUGUUCAAUAUUYUCCCUCAUUGCAAUCGCCAUGGAAAGAUAUUUUGCAAUUUACGUCCCUUUUAAAAAGUACAUCACGCUGAAUAAUGUCAAAUAUGUGAUUGCAGGUUGCUGGAURACUGCUUUUAUCAUGUCUUCACCUUUACUGUACGCGAAUAAAAUCUACCUUUACGAUYAAGRUUACGAGUGUGCGGAGGACUGGASSCCACUAGAUCAAAUGACWGCAGUGAAGACGUACACUCUUAUAACAUUUACUCUUCUCUACGCUCUGCCAUUAAUCACGAUCUGRUUUCUUUACGCUGCKGUGGUGUAUCGUCUUUGGCAUCAAUCAGUCCCUGGCGACCAUCGUACACCGCAGAGUCGAAAGAACCGUUCAAAGGCAAAGAAACGYGUUCUUAAGAUGCUAAUUGCUAUUGUACUUGCGUUCGCUUUCUGCUGGUUACCAUACCAUAUAUACUUCUUCCUGGARGUCUUUUACCCGCCCUACAAGGACUGUGGWGCUCCAUUGAAGCUGUACUUCAGCUCCAAGUUCUUAGCUUACGCAAACAGUGCAWUAAGUCCGUGUAUUUUUAUUAUGUUCGACAAGGGAGUCAAUCGAUAUAUAUCACAAAAGAUCAAUCCAUGCUGUGAAGGGCUUAUCAAAAGCAAUGCAGGUCUUAUGCAUCAUAAAAGGUCAGCGUUAUAUUCCAGUAAUUCCGAGCCAGAACCAACUCAAACKAAUGGAGUUAGACUGAAUGCGUUUAAGAUUUAUGGUAAUGAAACAGGAUUUAUCGAUCAGAGAGACAAUCAAGGAGUUCAAUUGACGACAUUCAAGACACCUGAUKUAAUCGAAGGGCAUUCUAAUGGCGGGUUUAAGAAAAAUGAUCACUUGUCUCCAACCAAACAGAAAAGAACGGUGUCAUUUGCCCAGUGAUGACAUGAACCGAUACGAUAUGGUUCGACACCUCACCAUACGAUAGUGGACGAUACGCGAUAUCAUACGAUACGAUUAGAUAUUAGACAGUACCAGAAGUACAUAACUAUUAUGUACUUCUGACAGUACUACCUUAUCAUACAAUAUUAGAAGAUAUUCGAUAUCAUUCGAUUCCAUGCACUUUAUACGAUAUCAUACGACAUGUUAUUAGGCAGUACUACACAAUUCUAUUACAAUACGAUACCAUACGAUACCAUACAACUUUAUACGAAUAUCAUACGAUACGAUGAAAUAGAGCAGAUUUCGUAUGAGUGGGACACCGUUACCGCACGGUUACCGCACGGUUACCGCACAGUUACCGGACCUGGCCUGCAUAAUUUUGGUGAACCAAUGAGACACUAGAAUUUGGUUACAGUACGAUUACGGUUACAGUACAGUACCGUCCGUUUCCCACUGAUACGAAAUCCGCUCUACGAUAUCAAAUAGGCGUUCCGUCGUGAUACGAUGUCUUUCGAUACGACAUGAUGCGAUAUCAUGCGAUAAAAUCGAUUACGAUUUAAUAGACAAUGCAAUAUAGGUGAACUAGUCGGGUUAUCUGGGUUAGAUCGACAUCGAUUACUAGAUUAAAAAUAUGGUCUUUUGAUAUGCUAUAACCUCAUUCUUACGUUACGGUGUAGUGGUCUAAAUUGCUACAAAAUACCUGGGUGUGACAGUAAAAUCGUUAGACAUAUAUUCCUAUAUUAGUAUACACGCUUUAUAUCCGAUAAAUCGUUGCGGUAUUCCCGGGUAUGUGAUUAAAUGCUCCAUUUUUCCGAGUAUAUUUAUAUAAAACCACAUUGUCAGAAAUAGCUCAGAAAUAGUCUUUGUAAAUAGACUGAGAGAAAUUCUUGUAGUCUGUUAUGGACGAUAAAUAAAGUAAGCUGGUCAAUAGA